UUGCAAAUAUUUUCAAUAGAUUUUCUGUCUUGAUACAAGAUGGCGCGCUAAAGUUUUAAAUUCACUGAUUUUUUUAUCUGCAGUCGGCAAGUUUUCUUCAGAAGAAAUCUAGGCUUGUCAUUGGGGGAAAAUUAGGAUUUCAAAUUAACGCGCGCAUGCGCAGAAAAUUAUUUCAAGUGUUGUGAUUGGUGAUAGACGCCAUUGUUUUUUCUGGAAGAUUCAUAAUAAACUCAUCAGCUGACUUGUCAAUUGUCAUUCUUAUGAAUUUUAGUGUUUUUUAAUAUUAAAAAAUAUUUUAAAUAAAUUUAAAUAAUGUCUUUUAUGCCGCAAUGGCCGAAUCUUCGGCCGAGAGCUACGGAUCCGCUGUGGUUCAAUGUUGACAAACCUAUUGAUGAUGAAGAGGAGGUAGAAAAACUUGAAACCAUGAACCAGGCAUGGAAAGAUCGUGUCAAAGCUCUGUACAGUGAUCAAAUUCCUAUCGGAAAAUCAGCAAGUGAUUUCCGUGGCUCAGAGGAAGAAGACGAUGAAGAAGAGGAAGAAGAAGGCGAAGGUGAAGAAGAAGAAGAGUCGGACACUCAUGAAGAAGAAGAAGAAGAGUUUGAUGAGAUUGACAUGGAAGUCAGCUACACUCAUCAACAGCAAAGAUCUAGCCCGACUGACACCCCUACUGAUCCAGUUUCCAUAAGAAUGGUGACUACUUCUCGCUACUCAUAAGAAUAAAACCAUUUCCUAUUUACUAACUUUAUUUAUUUAUUUAAUAAUUAUUAAGAAACAAAGUUUAUAAAAUUAACCAAUCGUCGUAAAUAAUAAUGCUAAUUUCUAGAUAAUAAAACUUGUGAUAAUUUUA